CUGCCACUUCCGUUUCGGCACCAGUAAAUAAUGGCCAAGAUUCGGAUGCUACUGGGGUGGCCGCUGGAGAACUUGGAGGUCCCCGUUGACGACGACGACGUCGGUGUUGUCGACCGCCGAGCCCUAUGCCUCGAGCAAAGCUGCAGUUGCGGCGCCGCGCCAGCGCCGGCCUCACAUCCCCACAGAAGCACCUCCGAUGACAGCUGA